CGGGUGUACGUUAAAUGGAUUGAAUUCGAUAUUGUUUUUAUUUGCGCAGAAGUGUUUUGAAGAAGGUGACAAUGGUGGUUAAAGGUUUCGUUUGUUACCUGCAUUAAGUGAUGCGUUAAGCGGAACUGAAUGUGAAAUUUGGGAUUUUUUAGUGUAAAUUGUGAUAGUGAUCACCAUGCCGGGUCUUAUAGGCAUUGGUGAAUUUAUUGAGGAAACUCGUGAGGAUUACAAUUCGCCGACGACUUCCACAUUCGUGUCGCGUAUGCCGCAAUGUCGGCAAACCAUCGGUGCAUUGGAAGAGACCUUGGACUUCGACCGAGAUGGCCUAGCAAAGCUAAAGAAGGCCAUAAAGGCGAUACACAAUUCUGGAAAUGCCCACGUGGACAAUGAGAUGUACCUCUCACGGGCGCUGGAACGCCUGGGCGGGAACGCUCUCAGUAAAGACUCGGAGCCCGACAUCGGAGCUGCAUUCUUCAAGUUCGCUGUGGUCACUAAGGAGUUGUCCGCUCUUAUGAAAACGCUGAUGCAGAACAUAAACAAUAUAGUAAUGUUCCCGGUGGACAGUCUUCUAAAGGGUGACCUCCGAGGCGUCAAAGGCGACCUAAAGAGGCCAUUCGACAAAGCAUCCAAAGACUACGAGUCCAAGUACCUGAAGAUUGAGAAAGAGAAGAAAUCGCAGGCGAAGGAAGCUGGUCUCAUUCGUAGCGAGGUCACUCCCGCGGAGAUAGCAGACGAGAUGGAGAAGGAAAGGAGGCUGUUUCAGUUGCAGAUGUGUGAGUACCUGAUAAAGUUCAACGAGAUAAAGACAAAGAAGGGCAUAGAGUUACUACAGCAUUUGGUAGAAUAUUACCAUGCGCAGACGAACUAUUUCCAAGAUGGACUGAAGACGAUAGAGCAUUUUGGAGUGUAUGUGGCGGAUUUGAGUGUACAACUUCAGAAGAUUCGGCAGCAGCAGGACGACGAGAGGAAAAGAUUGCUAGAGUUGCGGAAUAUGCUGCGGGCAGCUGCUCCGCAGGAUAGGGAGGUAGCGUCAUCGUUAGGCGGUUACUCGCUGCAUCAACUUCAAGGCGACAAGCAACAUGGCGUCACGAGAAGCGGCUAUUUGCUCAAAAAAUCAGAAGGGAAAGUCCGAAGGGUGUGGCAAAAACGGCGCUGCCGAGUCACAGCCGAGGGCUACCUGGACAUCUUCCACGCUGACGAAAACAAACCGCCCGCGAGGGUCAAUCUUCUUACGUGCCAAAUCAAAGUCGCCGCUGAUGAUAAGCGGGCGUUUGAUCUAGUCUCAUAUAACCGUACUUACCACUUUCAAGCCGAGGACGACAGCGAGCAGCGAGCGUGGGCGUCAGUUCUAGUCAACUGCAAGGAAGGCGCUUUAAUGAGGGCCUUCCACCAGCAAGCGGGGGAGAGCAACGACUCGGGGCAUUCGUUGUUGGACCUACAACGGUCCAUUAUAAGGGCUGUGAGGACUAUGCCGGGGAACCAAGUAUGUGCAGACUGCGGGUCUACCAAUGAUCCCACAUGGCUAUCAACAAACUUCGGCGUAAUAGUCUGUAUAGAGUGUUCAGGAAGCCACCGGGAGCUAGGUGUACAUAUAUCCAGGAUCCAGUCUCUUACGCUCGACCGGCUCAGUACAUCGCAGUUGCUCAUCGCGAGGCAUAUGGGCAACCAGAUGUUUAACGAAAUUAUGGAGAAUAUGCUGGAUGAGAGAGACAAGUUGACGCCAGAAAGCUCAAUGGAAGAACGACUAAGGUUUAUCCGAGAAAAAUACGUAUACAGAGCGUGGGCCGCGCAAACGUGUAGAGAUGCGGCAGAAAAACUAUCCGAAGUGGAACACGCAGUCAACAACGGGCACUUACAAAACUUGCUACAAGCGUACGCCGAAGGCGCAGACUUGGCUGCGACACUGCCAUGCUCAGACUGCGGCGAAACGGCGUUACACCUAGCAAUCUCUCGGGAACUGGGCGACGGUUCCUUCCUCCACAUCGUUGAUUUUCUAGUCCAAAACGGAGGCGCCCAACUUCUAGACAAAACCACAUCUUCGGGCAUGACCGCGUUACAUUUAUGUGCGGCGACGGACCGGACGGAGCCUAUGAAGUUAUUGUUAAAGGCGGGCGCGGAUGUUAGCAUUAAAGAUGGGAGUGGGAGGACGGCUUUGUUUAUUGCGAGGACGCUUGGACAUCAUGCGUGUCAGGAGUUGCUGGAAAAUGUGGACAAGCGGGAGAAAAGUAUGUUUGAGAAUAUCAACAUAGAUUGGAAUUUGUCGCAUGACGAUGGCUCGACAGACUUCUCUGAUGACGAUACAGUCAUCGAUGAAAGGCAAAACGGCAGCGUAACGCCCGAAAAGAAAUGCCCGCGCUCGCGGCCGCCUUCAUACGCGGGAGCAGGCGAGCGCGAGCGCGAGCGCUCGGGCGGUGACUCGCCCGUGCUGCGCUCGCGCUCCUCCACCUGCGACUCGUUGCACCACCCGCCCACGCCCCAGCCCGGCACGCUGCCUAGGAAACCUAACGUCUACAACAUCGGCAGCCUGAAGAAGCGCUUGGCGCCGCCGCCGCCCGCCGUGGCACUGCAGCACCCGCCGCCGCACCCGCGCUCCACGCCCUCCCCGUCCGCAGACAGCACGCGCUCGUUACACUUAUCCCACGGCGCCACGAAGUCGCGUCCGGCGCAGCCGCCGCCGACGCCGCCGCCGGGCUCGCUGCUCAACGGCGCGCACCGCGACGAGCCCACGCCGCCGCCGAGGAAGAAGAAAAAUAGAUUGCACCUGGAUAAGGCGAAAGCGAAACUGAGAAGGGAAUGUUCUAGUCAAGACUCAUCACUGGAGCUGUGCGACAUGUCGGACGGGUUAGACGACAGUCGGCUCGGCGCGUUGUCGUGCGACAGCUCAAGGUCGCGCGAGCGCGGGCGACGGAGCGACAGCCGGUCAUUGGACAUUUCGGAUACUUCUAGUGUGCAUUCGAGGUCGCCAUCCGCUUCUAUUACCAUGAUGUGUGUGGGCACGCGCCGCUGCCGCGCGCUGUACGACUGCUCGGCCGACAACGAGGACGAGCUGUCCUUCCGCGAGGGCGAGGUCAUCGUCGUCAUCAACGAGCGCACCGAGGACGACAACUGGAUGGAGGGACAGGUCGAGGGCACCCCGCGGCGCGGCAUGUUCCCCGUCUCCUUCGUGCACAUGCUGCCUGACUAGGCGGGAAAGAGACCGAUGUACGUUUGAUACUUAGUCGCUACAACCUGUAGCUGUUUCUUUUAACACGCCAAGUGCAAUCUAAAAUGCUAAGCUCUAUUUGAAUGUUCAUUCGAAUGUGUACCUUAUUAAUCAAGGAUAAGGUAUACAGUCGAGUUUUCAAACGAUGGAUUAUAAUCAGUUGAUAUGUAUGUUUGUAUUAUGUAUACCGAGCGUAAUCAUACAUUAUUUAUGGGAUUUUUUUGUGCAAUAAUUGUGCUUGAAAAUACAAAUGAAACUAAAAAUAAUUUCAAGUAACGUGCAUGACUUAUUCGGAUUAUGUAAAUAGUUUUAUUUAAAUAAUCAACAACCGUACAGGCCAAAGAAUAUUUCACGGUACGAAACGCAUGCAAUACACAUUUUUAGCUUAAAUAGCAUUGGCCGUGUUUAAUGUGGAUAUAUUGUGUUCCUUUUAAAUUUUUUGAAUAAGAAUAGCACUGAGAAAGGUCCAUGCAAUGUCUCGUAAACGUGUCGUGUCAUACUUCCGUGGUAAAUAAAGUGGGUAAAUUACACUAUACGAUAAACCAGGGCCCGGUGUAAAGGGACCUAAAGCACAUAAUAAAUAAUAGUACUAGGUACAGAAAGUUCACUUUCUAACAAAACGCGUCUAUUACGAUUACGGCAGAUAAGACCGCUAGGUGGCGAAAGCGCGAGAAGGCGUCCGUUCCGUAGCGGUGCGCGGCGACUACUAUGGCUAGACACCAAAAUUGGUGUGGGCCGCAUGUACUUGUAGCGACGCGACGCAAUAACGGAGUGAGCCACGCUUGCCUAAAGGCUUUACCAAGCAGGCUUUUAAGCCCGGUUCAUAAAUACUGCCUCUGGUACAUCGUGUAGAGUAAUAACCCUGUAGUUUUGAAAUCGUACGUGACUGUGUACAUUUUUAAAGUAUUCAGGAGUGAAUAAAAAUUAAUUGAUAAAUAUUGUCUGACGUCAUUUUGCUUGUAAUUCAGGCAGUUUGACUUGUCUGUAUGUGUGUUACACGCUCUGUAAGCGUAUGCUUUUUUUUAUUCUCGUAGGCGGGCCCAAUCUUUGUCAUUUCGUACUGAGCAUCUUGAAUAUAACAAGUAAAUCAUGACAUCGAUCAUUUCAUUACAUUUACGACGAUAAAGUCGUUAAAAAUAUUAAACCCCAUUUUCGGCCCCAUCGAGAUUGAAUAAAAAAAAAUCCCUCCUCAGUCUAUAACGUUUGAAAAUAUAUAUUUCAAAUAUGAAGGUCCUAGUUUCAAGGGAUUAGAGGCUGUGAGUUUUCUGUCAAUAUUUAGGUAAUGGGUGAUAAAUAGGUUUUACUUCUUAUUUGCCGGGGACCAUAAUUUGUCUAACAAAUACCUACGAAAUAUCAAGGUGAAGGGCGAGCCGUUGUGAAUGAGAUUAUCUCACAUAUUAAACUAUAGUCUGCAAAUUUGGCCUAAACGCUAUUCAUUUCCAACUCUAUGAGCUUAUUUUAAGUCUGGCAUGUUUUCAUACUCUGAUCGUAUAUGAUAUAUAUACACUGUUAAAAUAGUUUCGAAGAUAAUUCAGCUGUUAAAUCCUGUACCGCACAGUACCGCACAGUUGUUACUUAUUCUAACACAAUAAAAUAUACAAUUGCAUGAGUUUUAAAUGGUUGUUCCUGGAUACUAGCGCAGCGGUGUUAUCAAGACCAGUAUCUUACAGGGCUUAGAUAAACUCUGCACACCAAUUUAUAAUCAAUGUGAUAUGUCACUCAAUACCAUUUAUAUAGUAGUCAUUGUUUUUAUACAGGCAUUUUAAUACUCAUACAUUUGAACCAUUCCAAUUUUAAUACUUUGAACUGACAAGUUCUCAUGAAAUUAGUGCGUUAAGUUUUAAAAUUGCCUAAAUUUAAACUCGCGAAGCCGUUAUUAUUAUAGCUUUAUAUUGCUCUGAUGACGACAUCGAGGACCUAUUUCAUAUAAAUAUAACUAUAGUCUGACGUAAUAUUUUUUAGGGGCAAGUGAUGAAAAUCAUCUAACUCUUGUCUUAUAUUCAGGGAAAACGGCAGGAUUAUUUUAACUGAUGAUUUUAUAUGAAACAGGCCCAAGUACUGUAAGUUUUGCCAGUAGGUAGUCCGUCCCUUCGCGGCUUUGUUUACUUCCGAAACUUAAGUUUCGCGAGGGCUUUUGACAGAUUUUUUUCAAAUUUCCAACUUUGGAAUUGUAAUACUAAUUACAAUAAUUGACUUACGUAGCUUAGUAGUACUUCUUUUGUCAAACAUUUUUCGACGUUAAAAUAGCUUGUUCGAGGUGUUAUUGAAAAACUUAAGUUAGUAACUAUUGAACCAAUAUAUAUUAAGAAUUAGAAAAGUCUAGGAUGUGAGACUUCAGCAGUUAAAAGGCAAUAAAUCAAAGCACCAGGAAAAAAUCAAGUCAAUGAAAAUAGUUCUUUAGAAUUAGUUAGUAAUUUAACUAAUAUGUGUAGUGAGUAACUUAAGCUUCCUGUCUCGAAAUCAACUAAACCCGAUUACAAUACGAAACUGUAGUGUGUUCGAUAUAAUUCAGAUAGAGAUUUGCCAAAAACUAUGUGAUGAGUAGUGGAAAAUGAUAUCAGUUACAAACUUCGGACCAGUGACUGUUUGUUAUCUAGUUUGUUCUUGUAGAAUAUUGAGGUGUCUUAGAUUGUUGGUGCAUGAUGUCUACAGUGUUGUGUAUGGUGAGAGAGACCUCAGUCGCUGUAAUGCUAAUCGAACUUAAAUUAUCGUGCAACAUAUUUCAAAAUAUUUAGAUCAGUACGGUUUUACUCACUAUUAUUUUAGUCGCUUUUGGCACGACAUACAACCGCCGCAGACACUCGUGCCUGAGGAAGGAUUCCCAAAGAAUCCGAAACAUGUCGCCAAAAGCGACUAAAAACUAUAGUGAGUGAAACCGUACUGAUCUAAAUACGCUGUAAUGCUUACAAAUAAUAGCAUAAUAUAUACUUAUACACCCCGCGAGUACGUCGAAAUUACAUUUGAUUAUAAAAAACAAUAAACCAUUUGACGGCCACUUGAUACGUUACGAGCGCUUCGCAGUUCGUAAGUAAAGGUAUCUCCAUACUGUGUGUUUGCAAUUUAAUCGAUAGUUAUGCUUACUGACUGCGCCAGUCUACAUAUAUAGAGUACCUAAUACCCGUAACUGCAUUGGAAAACGAAUUUAAAUUUAAACCUUAUUGUCGAGCAAUACAGUACACAAUCGAAGUAGUUUUCAUGUGCAGUUACGGUUCUUAUUAAAUUUAAUGUCCUGCGACUUUACAAAAUGUUGAUAAACAAGACCAGAAUUAGCGACUUAACUAGAUAGCCCUUUGAUCUCUCUCAAUAUACAUAACUAAACUUGUUGUAACUGUUAAAUUUUAACGAUUUCCACGUUUUCAAAUAGAUGAUAUAAUUAUCGAGAUACAGAUCUAUUUCAAUAUUCUUAGCAAUAGUUGUAAACUAUAUAUUAAUGAACAAAACCUGUUAUGCAGAAAUAAGUAGUAUCGACACAUUCCCGAAACUGCUUAUGAUGGUCGUUGAGAUUUACACAAAAUGUUCUAUCAUCUCUUUCACACUUAACCAUUUUUUUGGGAGAGAGAGAUAAAUUGUAAGUCGAUGUCGACCAUCAUAGGGUUUCUUGUAACUACUUUCUUAGUUUAUUUGUAUAUUGGGUUCAUUUACUCGCAUAGAUGUUAAGAAUUGCAGAUUGUAUAGAGUUACCCACAUUACCGCAUGCGAUGCCAUACAUUAGUAUUAUUUAAACAGUUACAAUAUGUAUUUUGUUAAGGUAAUAAACAGAUAUAUAUAUUUUUUUUUUCUUGGGAGUUUCGAGUAGCUCGAAAUGUUGUUUCUUCUUAUUGUUUAGUUUGAUAACUUUUCGUACCAAAGUGCGCUUCUUUUUUUUUCGGUAGAUGUCGCUACUCGCAUUAAGGCGUGUAAACAAAGAAGAUCACUUGAUUUAUAGAUACAUCUGAGUUAAGCAAGCUUCGUUGGUUUGAUCGAUUGGAUCAGUGUUCCAGAAGGCCACGAGUUCGAAUCUCGCUCUAGGUGUUUUUUUAUUUAUUAAAUAGAUCGAAAAUUUAUAAAUCGUUGCAAGCGGAGAAACAACAUUUGGAGUUGAGAUUGGAUCGCCCAGGUUGAAUUUGCCAUGCUUGUAUUACAGCUACCGCCGCAUAUUGGCGUUUAUCGCACAUACUCUCCCUGUUUGCAAUAGCUAAUUCGAUUAGCUUUACGACAAACGGUCCACAAUGUUAACGUGAGAUGGGCAGAAUCCGUGAAGUUGUAUUUCAUUCGCGGCUCGUGGCUCGGCUCGCGGCUCGUCUUGGCUCGAGCUCGUAAGUUCGUUGAGCUAUUAAUUACACUCUCGCCUCGUGGCUCGUCUCGUGUCUCGGCAAUAGCUCGUAAGCUCGUCGAGCUAAUCGAUUUGAAACACAAACGGCACAGUUUAAGGUUUGUAAUCGAAUGACAGCCGAACGCGAAUGUAAACAGCAAGCGCGCGUCCCCCGCGAGCCCCUUUGACACGUGCCCAAAAAACCGCUCCUCCACGCGAGCCGAGCCGCGAGACGAGCCACGAGCCCACCGAUUACACUCGCGUCUUAUGGCUCGGCUCGCGGCUCGGCUCGCACGCGAAUGUAAAUCGGCUGUAUGUUUGGUUGGAAAUAGAGUAUCUAAUAUAUAAUUAAUUAUGCAUGAGUGAAAAUCUAAUGCAAUAGAUAUGUAACGGUGUAUAUAGAGAUAUCUAGAACGUACGAACAUAGGCGUCUGUAGAAUAAAUCCAUAAUUUAUUGUAAACUAGAUAUGUUAGAAAAGUGCUGACUUUGUCUUGCGUUAUGUACUUUUCUAUAGCUCGUAUGAUAUAAAUGAUAUUUAUUUAUAUAUUGUGAAAAUCUAAUUGUGAUGAAAUAUUUUAAUGCCAUUUUAGCCUGUCAGUAUGUUACUUAUUGAAAAAUUAUUUAACCAAAUGAUGCUAGUAGUGUAAGAACUAAGAUGUUUUAUUCUUUACUGUAGUAUAUUAACGGAGUUGUAGCUGAAUAGUUUUUUCUAUUGUGUAUUACGUGAAUGACAAUCUGUAUGAAUUUAUUAAUACAUCACUUCGAUGUCUACAA